AUGUCGCCUAAUCGAGGUCCUUCCCCAGCAGAGGGAGGGCCUCAGAAACCACUUCGGGAGCUGGAGAACGUGAACAAGCCUUCUGUGGGAGAUCGUCCGGCUGUCGAGGAAGAGGCUGGCACAAGUGUGCAGAUCACCGACAACGCCGAGGCCCAACCAGAGAAACCUCGACGUACAAUACGGCAGAUUCGAGAAGCUGCACAAAGCAAGACUCAGGCGAAGCAUGACUCUCAACUUACAUCGCUCCCUCCGCCGCCGGUGCCACCGCAAAAGAAGAAGUCUUCGAUCUUGGGCGGGCUUUUUCAGGUUCGAGAACCAACACAACUGGCCUUGAAUCAGGUCGCCGCGCAAAUGGUUGCUCAGCAUGGAUCAACAAGUGCCACCAAGGUGCCCAAUGUGCGCCUUGAGAAAAUGCCGGAAUUCGUGCCCAAAGUCAACUCGAAAUGGGAUGGAAUUCCCGAGUCCGCCAAACAAAAGCAGAAAAAGGAAAAGGAGCGAGCCAGCGCAUCUGGAUCCCGCAGCAAUCGUCCAAGGGCUGGGAGUCGUGACACAAGAGACGGAGAACGGAGAAGUUUGCAUAGUCGGAACUCGAGCUCGACAACCGAUUCGUUUGCGAGCCGAGGCAGAUCAAGCGGAUCACACACGGCUUCUGGCCGUACUCGGUUUUCCGUCCCAUCGGCCAACUCAUCUGGUGAUCUGGCAUCGCAGCGGCGAGUGGAUCGGUCUCUGGCGCCAACAGAGCCCGUAGGCACUCCGUCCUCCUUCAACCAGUCCAAGGCCAAUUCAGCAGAGAGCCUCCCAGAGGUCUCGGCAGAUCCACGAGAGGUUAAGACUAUACUCGGUCCCAACAAUGCAUCAAAUCGGUAUCCUGAUCGCGAAAGUAACAGGUCGAAGGCGUACACCGAUGACCAAACCACUCCGCGUUGGCUAGGAUCGUCUACGGCACAGCCAACUCCCAGCAUCCAGGCAGUGCCUGCACACUCUACUUCGCCGAUGCCCACUCCUCAGGAGCUCUCUCCAGUAAAACCUACCGCAUUUGACCCUCAGCUCAGUCGCGGCCAAACAAGGUCUGGUAUGCCCCAGCAAAAUGUCGCUCUGACGUCCUCCGGCGUUGGAGUUCUGAGGCCGCCGGCAGUCUCAAAGACGAAAAUACCGAAUGCCUCGACCAAUGGAUUUCUUGCAGGAGAGGCGCAGGAAUUGACUAUACCAGACAACAAGACUGGCACUCACCAAGCGAAUUUGCCGUCUCACGAUAGGGAAGAGGGCAGACGCAAGACUGCCAACUCCGCGCCCCCUAGUUCUCGCAAACAGAAAGACCUUGAGAAACGACCGGAUAGUUCUCGGGCCAGACUCGGUCUUCAGGCAAGCAUGCUUGUUGAAGAAGAAGAAGAAGAAGAAGCCAGCCCCUGGCAAGUGCAGGACAAGGAGCAGGCUUCCGUGUCAUCCCCCAAGGCUAAGGCUGCCAUUGCGAGUUCGCGAACAGCUUCAAGUCCGCGGACGAAAUUCAAUAGACCCUUUCCUUUCUUUGGCAAGGACAAGGACAAAAGUUCGGCAUGA